AUGGUUCUUGCAGAUUUGGGCUCACGCUUAAGGAAUGCUUUGAACACGGUCAGCUCUGGAACCGAGUCUGAAGUUCAAGCAUUGAUCAAGGACAUAUGUACUGCGUUACUAGAAUCCGAUGUUAAUGUCAAAUUGGUAGCCAGAUUACGUGACAAUAUAAAGAAAAAGUGUGCAACAGAAAUCUCCAACGAGAAUGAGUCAUCAGGCAACAAACGGAAGAAGCUACAGAAAAUCGUCUUUGAUGAAUUGUGUGCAUUGGUCGACUCGCACGAAGAACCGCCGAAACCUCAAAAACUCAGUAGAUCAACGACGAGAACGAGAGGAGCUAAGAAAACUAAAAAACAGGCUAGCUCUCAUGUAAUAAUGUUUGUUGGUUUACAAGGUGCUGGAAAAACUACUUCAUGUACCAAGUUGGCGGUUUAUUAUAAGAAAAGAGGCUACAAAGUUGGUUUAGUUUGUGCCGAUACCUUUAGAGCUGGAGCUUUUGAUCAGUUGAAACAGAAUGCAAUCAAAUCCUCAAUCCCUUUUUACGGAUCUUAUUUGGAAACGGAUCCAGUGAAAGUAGCACAUGAAGGUGUUACGAAGUUUAAGGAGGAUAAGUUUGAUAUCAUCAUAGUCGACACUUCUGGUAGGCACAAGCAAGAGCAAUCGCUUUUUGAUGAAAUGAUUCAGAUUGGAGAUGCUGUGCAGCCCACCCAGACUAUUAUGGUCAUGGACGCAUCUAUUGGUCAAGCCGCUGAGGGCCAAGCCAAAGCAUUUAAAGAUUCAGCAAACUUUGGGUCUAUUAUCUUGACUAAGAUGGAUGGCCAUGCGAAAGGAGGUGGUGCUAUAUCAGCUGUUGCAGCUACACAGACGCCAAUAGUUUUUAUUGGUACGGGAGAGCAUGUUGGUGAUUUUGAAGUCUUCAAGCCAUCUACAUUUAUUUCUAAGUUACUUGGGAUUGGCGAUAUACAGUCGUUGAUAGAGCAUGUACAGCUGUUGAACUUACAAGAUGAUGAAGGUCACAAGCAGACCAUGGAGAAUUUUAAAGAGGGCAAAUUUACCUUACGGGAUUUUCAAACACAAAUGAAUAACUUCAUGAAGAUGGGUCCCUUGACAAAUAUCGCCUCCAUGAUACCAGGCAUGUCGGGCAUCAUGAAUCAGAUUGGGGAAGAGGAGACCUCUAAGAAAAUUAAGAACAUGGUGUACAUCAUGGAUUCAAUGACAACCAAAGAGCUCGAUAGUGACGGACGAAUCUUUACUCAAGAACCGGAAAGGAUAUUAAGAGUUGCUCGAGGUGCUGGCUGUAGUGCUGUUGAGGUCGAGAUGGUAUUGCAACAGCAAAGGAUGAUGGCGCUGAUGGCUGGUGCUGCGAAGAACAUGAAUACAGGGGCAGGUGGCCAAUCUCCUGGAAUGGGAGCCGGUGGACCAGCUAACAUGCAAAGGAUGAUGCAGCAAGCACAACUGAAUCCUAAUUUUAUGCAGCAGGCAAUGAAUAUGUUCGGUGGUGGAGGUGCUGGAGGCGCUCCGGGUGGAGGCAUGGGUAAUAUGGCCAACAUGAUGAACAACCCCCAAAUGAUGCAGCAAGCUCAACAAAUGAUGAGGCUGAAUCCUAACUUGAUGCAACAGGCCCAGCAAAUGAUGCAAAAUCCCGGUAUGAUGCAGAAGAUGAUGCAGCAAUUUGGUGGUAUGGGUGGUAUGUAA